AGCAUACAAGGCAACAGAAAUGAAACACAGUGUGUGCUAUAUUUGGCUGCUUAUCUGCAUAGUACCUUUUUGUCAGAACAAGACAUAUUACGUGAAAGAAGGAGACUCAUUUACAUGCGAACAGAAAAAUGAUGAGUCGUGGCCUGAGCCAGUUGAGUGGAAUUUAAUUACAGCUAAUGGAACAACUAUGACCAUCGCCAAAUGUGAUAAAUUUAAAAAGUGUUUUGUAAUCUAUGAUCAAACAAACUUUUAUGCGUCCAAUACAGUAAUAGGUGUCAACAAUUUUUUUCGUACUAACAUAUUGUUAAUCAGCAUGAGAGUAAAUCACAUUACAAGGGAUAUGCGACAGCUAAAGUGUUUGUAUCGUUUUUUUCUACUUGAUGAGUGUUCAUGCAGCUUUGAAUUUGGAGUGCCACCAACAUAUUCUCCGGAAAAAACAGAUUUUGAUAGCUCAAUAAUAAUUGUUAUAGUCAUAGGUUUGGUAGGAGGGUUGACACUCUUGUUAGUAAUUAGGGUUGCCUUUUUGUUCAUUUGUCAACUACGAAAAGAAAAUGCUAGAAAAGCACAUACUCGCACCAUGCGUAACCAAGACACGAACACUAUCUUCACGGUUGAGCAAUCUUCGAAUCUGCAUCAUACAGAAACACAGACUGAGUCCAUAUUGUCUCAGUCGACUACCUCUUUCAGUACACCUCCCCUCACCUCAAACAUCCCUCUUCGUAACACAACGUCACAUCGAAACUCCAACUUGAACGAAAGAGGUCAACAGAAUAACUUACGAAUGUCUGACGAUUAUCCACCAUCAUAUUCUAGCCUUUUCCGUUCUGUUUUACCUAUUCGUCACACAACGUCACGGCAAAGCGUUAAUACACGUCACACAACGUCACGGCAAAGCAUCAACUCACGUCACACAACGUCACAUCGAAACUCCAACUUGAACGAAAGAGGUCAGCAGAAUAACCUUCGGAUGUCUGACGAUUAUCCACCAUCAUAUUCUAGCCUUUUCAGUUCUGUUUAA